AUGACAGCUAAAAGAAACACAAACCAACCGGAUCAACAAGAAGAAUUUCGUCAAACUCUGACGACUUUCACUAUGGAAUUAAAAGCGGCGUUGCAGGAAGCUGUUCAAACCGCGUUACAAACAGUUCUGCAGCAACAACAUCAGCAACGUGACGACCAUGAUGCUGAAACGGAUGAAGAGAUUCAUGAAAACUUGUUCGCAAAUCCCCUUCAACAAGACCGAGACCAGCGAAUUCAACUUUGCCACAACAACCAACGCAACAAUAUGGCUACUCGCUGGGAAUCUGGGUUCAAGCUCGAUAUUCCAGAGUUUUCAGGAAGUCUCAAAGCAGAGGAGUUUCUAGAUUGGCUUAACGUGGUCGAAGAGGUUUUAGAUUUUAAACAAGUCCCUGAUGACAUCCGUGUUUCCUUGGUAGCUACUCGAUUCAAGAGCCGAGCCAUGGCAUGGUGGACUCAGCUAAAAGAAUCUCGACGUCGUUCUAACAAAUCUAAGAUCGAUACAUUGGAGAAAUUGAAGAAACAUAUGCGUAAGGGUUUUCUACCUUACAAUUAUGAGAGAACCUUGUAUAACAAAUUGCAGAACCUACGUCAAGGAUCACGAACUGUGGAAGAUUAUGCUACUGAUUUUUUUGAGAUGGUUGCUCGCACAACAUUACUUGAAGCAGAAGACCAACUCGUUUCUCGAUUUAUUGGUGGCCUUCGUACACAGCUUCAGUUGCCGCUCCAACAAUUCAAUCCCACCUCAGUAUCAGAAGCACAUCAAUGUGCUUUGCCCAUGGGAGUUCAAUAUCGACAAAAUUGGGGAAGUACUGGUUCACGAAGUCGCUUCCAAUCUCAGCCUCAAAGUGAGAUUGCUAACACGUCAAAUACAGAAUCGACUUCCACACGUAAAAUUGUGUCAAAAACAGGGGCUAAUGUGGAUUCAAUAGCUGCAUCUCGACAGCCACGUACAAGUGCAUUAAGAUGUUUUAGUUGUGGAGAAAAUGGACAUCGACAGACCGCUUGCCCCAAUCAAACGCGACGGGGUUUACUUGCUCAAGAAACAGAAUUUACUGACGAGCCUCGCUUUGAUGAAUAUUUGUCUGAUUCUAACCAAGAGCAUGAUACUGAUUGUAUAGGUGGAGAUACAGAUCGAACAAUCACUUUGUUACCUUCUAAAGAAGUAACAUCAGUUCCUAGUUCUUCACCACAAACGUCUGUGUCGCAUACAAAUCCAGUGCCUUCACGUGCAUUAUUGAUUCUCCCUAAAUCCGCUUUUGAGGCUCAAGUGCGAGAAUCUGAUGUGAUUUUGGCAGUAGUUGCAUCUUUGUCAUCAAGUAUAACUACUCCGCCAGUUCCUCAGGCUUUUGAAGGAUUGUUAACGACUUUUAAGGAUGUCUUCCCAAAUGAAUUACCAACGGAAUUGCCGCCGCUACGUGAUAUUCAACACCACAUUGACCUCGUCCCUAAUGCGGUUUGA